AUGUCGAACGGCACGGAGACUAUCAACCAUGCUUUGAAAGGCCUCGUGGAGUUGGGACAGAAGGACGGCCGUAACCACAUCAUCACGCAAGCCACCGAGCAUGUAGCGGUGCUCGAGACCUGCAAGGCGCUGGAGGCCCGGGGCUGCACGGUCACCUACCUGCCGGUCGACGGGCAGGGGCUCGUGAGCCCCGACGCCGUGGAGCAGGCCAUCACAGCGCGCACUGUCUGCGUCAGCAUCAUGCACUCCAACAACGAGACCGGCACGCUGCUGCCGAUCAAGGAGAUCACGGCGCGCGUCCGCAAGGCACCGCACAGGGUCUUCGUGCACUGCGAUGCGUCGCAGAGUCUUGGGAAGCUGCCCGUCUCGGUGGAGGAGCUCGGGGUGGACCUCUUGACGGUGGCAGGGCACAAGCUGUACGCGCCAAAGGGCAUCGGGGCUCUGUACAGGCGGUCCACAGUCCCGGACCUGCCCCUGCUGCUCCACGGAGCCGCCCAGGAGGCCGGUCGGCGGGCGAGCACCGAGAACGUCGUGCACUCCGUCGCGCUCGGGAAGGCCUGCGAGGUGGCCAAGCGCGACCUGGACAAGGUCCGCCCCCAGCUGACCAGGCUGCGAGACCGUCUCCACGAGCAGCUGCGGGAGCGCCUCGGCGAGCGUGCAGGCCUCAUGCGGCUGAACGGCCCUGUCGAUGCCCGCCUGCCCAACACCCUGAACGUGUCCUUCCACCAGGUGGAGGCCAACACGCUCCUCUCCGAGAUCGGGGACGAAGUGGCUGCCUCUGCAGGGGCAGCCUGCCACAGUGACGACGUGCACGUGUCGCACGUGCUCGAGGCCAUGGGCGUGCCUGUGGACUGGGCGAUGGGCACCUGCCCUUCAGCGUCGGCAAGGGCACCACCGAUGCCGAGGUGGACAAAGCCGCCGAGAUAA